GUCAUUGGUUCAGUUCUUCUCGCUUUAGGAAAAAACGCAAUCUGGUGGAAAGAAAGAGAGAAGAAUGGAGGAGAAUGACCACCACACGGCAGCGUUUUGUUGAUCAGUGCGCAUCUGGAUCCACACCACAGCUACUCGACAAGGGUUUAUCUGCAGCUUGAUUUGAUGCAAGCUGCAGACUUUCUGCCAGUUACAGCACAUCAUGUCCUGCAGGAUAUGCUUGCCUUUGCUGACAUUUUGAGAAGAUCCAUGUUCAGAACAUUCCAAGAGUCAAACGUGAGGAAAAAGCACAGGUAACAAACUUCUUAAAGGAAACUUGGUGUCCAGAACAGCCUCUGUAGAAAUUUUACCUCGUAAGCUUGCCAUAUAUUUUUUUCCUUUUUGUCCCGACGGAGGUGCCGGGGAACACUGCCUGUCAUGAGAUUCCGAAUCUACAAAAGGAAGGUGUUUAUACUGACCCUGGUGGUGCUGGCUUGUGCUUUUGCCUUUUGGAGUAGUGGAAAGCAGAAGAAGAAUGACAUGUUCUCUAAAGAGGUGGAAACGGUGAGGAACAAUCGGGCGCAAGUCACCCCAGGACACAGAAGACUUUUCAACGAGACACAGCCCGAGAAAGUUGCAAAACCAGAGGUGGACAAUAUGACUCUGGUAUACAGGGGGAUUGUUUUUCAGUUGAACUUUGACCAGACCAUCAGGAACGAGGAGAAGUUCAAGACUCGUCCACAAGAUGAACUGGUGGUGGUGGUCCAGGUUCACAACAGGCCCGAGUAUUUGAAGUUGCUCAUAGAGUCCCUUCGGAGAGCUAAGGGCAUUGAGAAUGUGCUGCUCAUUUUUAGCCAUGACUACUGGUCGCCGGAGAUCAACCAGAUAGUCGCCACUGUUGAUUUUUGCCAAGUCCUGCAGAUCUUCUUUCCCUUCAGCAUCCAGCUUUACCCUCAAGAGUUCCCGGGGAACGACCCCAAAGACUGCCCUAGAGACAUUCCCAAGAAAGAUGCCUUAAAGUUGGGCUGCAUCAAUGCAGAGUACCCUGAUUCCUUUGGCCAUUACAGAGAAGCCAAGUUUUCCCAGACUAAGCACCACUGGUGGUGGAAGUUGCACUUUGUCUGGGAGAGGGUCAAGGCCUUAAAAGACCACAACGGACUGGUGCUCCUCAUUGAGGAGGACCACUUCCUGUCACCUGACUUCUACCACAUCCUUAAGUUGAUGUCAUCCCUGAAGAUGGAGCAGUGCCCCGAAUGUGACAUCAUGUCACUGGGGGCCUACAGCCAUGUCGGCUUCGCUAGCAAAGCAAACAAGGUAGAGGUGAAGGCCUGGAAGUCCACAGAGCACAACAUGGGCAUGGCUAUGAACAGGCAGACUUACCAGACACUCAUGAAGUGCACAGACACCUUCUGCACCUACGACGACUACAACUGGGACUGGUCACUGCAGCACCUCACCGUCACCUGUCUGCCGGAGUUCUGGAAGGUGAUGGUGAGUGAGGCGCCCCGCAUCUUCCACGCCGGGGAUUGUGGGAUGCAUCACAAGAAGGCCUGCAUGCCGGCAAGCCAGAAGGCCAGGAUUGAGAGCAUCCUCCAGAGUAGCGGCAGCCAGCUGUUUCCAAAGAGCUUGUUGCUCACCAAGAGACUGCCCGCAGUUGGGGUGUCCCCUCACGUCAAGAACGGAGGCUGGGGGGACAUCAGGGACCACGAACUCUGCAAAAGCUACCGCAGGUUACAGUGAUGUUACUUUUGUUCUUCUUCGCAUCCUCUUUAAAAGCC